AUGGGUCCAGAUGAGGACUCGGAUGUCGGUGAUGAGUUCACCGAGCUCGAUGCCGGUCAUCGGGACGCUGUAGCCGUCUCCAAGUUCAACUUCUACGGAAAUCGACUCCUCACGGCAUCUGCGGAUCAUCGCAUGAAAGUUUGGGACCUCAAGGAUGGGCAGUGGCAAUGUAUCGACACCUGGCGUGCUCAUGAUGCAGAAAUCCGUGAUGCGACAUGGAAUGGACCCUUCACAGGUCAACAUAUUGCCAGCGUUGGGGAGGAUAUGCGACUGAAAAUCUGGCAAGAAGAUCCCAGUCAAGCUCCUGGGUCAGGUCGGCGGUUUCGGUCGAUAUUCCGCUUGACGGCACCAAACCGCCAUCCCUUCGUCUCACUGGAUUUUCGCAACAUUGACCUUGAAUCGUGGCUCGCUGUGAUUACCCGUGAUGGCUAUCUGAUGGUUUUUGAACCUGUCACUCCAGACAAUCUGGCAGAUUGGCAAGCGAUCGAUCAAUUCCGCGUCUGCACGCAGCCUGAGCGUGGCGAGGAAACCAGCUUUAAAAUUCAAUUUCAUCACGGCCCAUCCGACAUCACCCACACGGUCCUUCCAAAAUCAGAUCGCAAAAGCCUUUCCCUUGUGGUGGCAGCCAUGAACACAGUCAAAAUAUACCGCACUGAUGCCAAUCGUCGCUUUUACCAUGCGAUUGAAUUGACUGGACACAGCAGUCUUGUACGAGACGUGUCCUGGGCCCGUGGCUCCGUGCGUGGAUAUGACCUGAUCGCGAGCGGCGGUCGUGAUGGCUUGAUUCGCAUCUUCGAAGUCUACACCAAGAACGCCGCUCAAGCCCCCCAACCCACCAAUUCCCGAAAGGCUGAACAGCGGGAGCAGCAGCCAUCCACCACCCAGUCCACUAGCCAGUCCACUAGCCAGUCCACCAGCCAGUCUGGUAUUGGAACUGCCUUGGCUAACCGCACGCCCAAAUCCAACACCAGUCGACAAGCAACUGGCGACCCUCAAUUCCGCCACUCUUUCAAAGAGGUGGCACGUCUUGAUAGCAAGCAUGUGGACGUAUGGCAAGUAGAAUUCUCCUUUGCCGGAGAUUGCUUGAUGUCUUGCGGGGACGAUGGCACGACCCGAUUCUGGAAAAAGGGCUUGACGGGGGAGUGGCUGGAGUUCGCUGAGACUGACAUGACGGCCGAGUGA